AUGAAAGACAUCGAACCCUUGUACUCUGGCACUGAGGCAACUGCCUGUUCCAGGAAAAAGCGAGCACCCCCACCCCCACUAUCACAGCCAACCACACCCACACGCAAACACGUAUCUGGCAAGCCCACGGCCGCACCAUGCAUUGUCCCUCGGCCAGACAAGGUUGAGAAGAACAUGCAAACUGGAACAACUUCAGCCUCGCCCUCACCACCACCAACAUCACAUGGACGAACACCGACCACGAGAGCAGUCGUCUCAGACCCCCCAACGCCAAAGCGACCAAUCAGAGCCGCACCUGUACCGCCACCCAAACUCCGCAGGAAACCAUCGACACCGCCCAUUUCACCCAAGGCUAGACCCACAGCAUCCCACACGAGCACCCCCGCAACACCACUAUUUGACACACCCACAACACCACAGGCUAACACACCCACAACACCACAGGCUACCACGCCCACAACACCACAGGCUACCACGCCCACAGCCUCACAGACGAACACGCACCUACCUCCACUCCGCUCUAGACUCAGUGUACACCCGGGUGGCCCUGCACACAACGCCACGCUCACACAAACACCAAAGAUCAAGACACCCAUCGCCAGAGCGGAGAGUAUAGCCACGCGCAGCCGCAUGGCGUCCUCGCGUGUGUGUGUGCAGUGUGAUCACCCGGUGAGUUACGGCUCAGGCGACUGGUUGCAGAUAGGGGAGAGUGCGUACCACAGGUAG